AUGCCAAAUUUGGCGUAUACUGGCACUGGGGCGCUUUUACCACACCUCAAUACGGCAGUGAAUGGUACCCUCGCAACAUGUAUGCGCCGGCAUCACACGGAGCGCUACGGACCGCCGGAAGAAUGGGGUUAUGCCAACUUUAUUCUGGGGAACAAGGACCUUGAUGGCAACGACGUACAGUUCAAGCCGGUACUGAUCUCUGAAGGGGGCGACUUCGACCCAGAGGCGUGGAUGCGCGCUAUCAAGGCAUCAGGCGCCAAGUUCGCGGGACCCGUCGGAGAGCACCAUGACGGCUACUCGAUGUGGCACAGUGAGGUGAACGAGUGGAAUUCGGUCAAUCAUGGUCCCAAUCUCGACCUGACCAAGCUUUUUGCCGAUCUCGUGCGCGAGAAUGACAUGAAGCUAGUUGUUGCUAUGCACCAGGCCUAUAACAGCAACGGCUUCUUCCAAUUCGCGCCUCAGGCCGAUGACCCGGGCUUGCGGAAGCUUCUCGGGCAGCUACGGCGAGACGAAGCCGAUCGACUAUGGUUCGAUAAGCGCCGCGAGAUGCUCGACCAUGUCCAGGCUGACAUUAUCUGGAAUGACUUUGCUUUGGACAGCCCUGGCUAUUGCCACGGCGGUAGCGACUCAUGCGCUAUAGGUGAACAAGCCCGUUUAGACUUCCUUGCCUACUACUCCAACCGUGGUGUUGAGUGGGGUAAGGAGGUUUUGACUACCUACAAGCACUUUGAUUACGGCUUUCGCGACACAUCUGCCGUAGCUGACUAUGAACGCGGCGGACCUGCUGAUAUUACCCGUCCCUACUGGUUGACCGAUGAAGCUAUCAGUGCCAGCAGCUGGAGUUAUACUGAUGGAAUCAAGUACUAUAGCUCAGUGUCUAUGAUUCACUCGCUCCUUGACCGCGUCACGAAAAAUGGCAAUGUCCUCCUAAACGUGUCGCCUACUGCCGCCGGUGUGCUACCCGACGAACAAACGCAGGUCCUUCGCGAAAUUGGUGACUAUUUGCGCCGUUACGGCGCGUCUAUCUACAAUACUCGUGCCUGGGACAUAUACGGAGAGGGCCCGAACAAGGCUGGGGGAGGCUCUUUCACCGCGCCAUUGGUGGGUAGCAGCAGCGACAUCCGCUUCACUCGCAAUAAGGAUGCGAAUGUUCUCUAUGCAACCGUUCUUGGCUGGCCUCAGGAUGGCCUGGUUUCUAUCGCGAACCUGGGUUCUCAUGCUCUUGUCACGCUCGAUAACCUGGCGUCUGUUCAGCUUCUCGGCGACGAGACCGGACAAUACAGCGACGUUACCAUCUGGGAGCAGACCAACGAAGCCCUCAAUAUUGAGCUUCCCUCCCAACCAGCCGAAGCUUUUGCUUAUGUCCUGAAGCUGAGCUUCGAUGGCUCUAUACCUGUUCCGCAGCCUAAACGGGGCGCUGCCGUCUUCAUCGCGAAGGGAGGUAUACGCGGUGUAACGCUCAGCGGCCUUUUACUCUAUAUAUAA